AGCGUCCCACUUCUACGUUGGGACUCUGAACUCCAUUUUAGCGCUGGUUCGCACAUAUUCCCCACGAUGUUGAAAACCAAAGAAGACCCUAACGAGCUGGCUCCAGUGCCUUCCCAGGCCGGGGAAGUCCGGGAUGUGCCCACCUAUGUUACCGAUGAUGUGUUUGGCGAAGUCACCGAGAAUGGUCCCAACUAUCGUAAUGUAGGAUGGAUAGGAACCGUCGCGCUCAUGAUGAAGUCUCAGAUUGGCCUGGGGGUCCUUUCCAUUCCAACCGCCUUUGAUACACUAGGAAUUGUCCCCGGUAUCGUCUGCCUAUUAGCUAUUGCAGUGAUCACGACCUGGUCGAAUUACAUGAUCGGUGCUUUCAAACUCCGUCAUCGUUCGGUCUUUAGUAUCGACGACGUUGAUUGGAUUUUUGUGUCUGGCUCCGGCAUGCUCAGUCUCUCCAUCGGUCUGAACGCGGUCUCCACGCAUGGGGUAUGUACUGCGGUGUUUGUGGCCGUUGCUGCUAUCCUCGGAUUCAUGUUCUCCAGCAUUCGGACCCUUGGCCAUAUCACUUGGCUGGCGUGGAUUGGGCUUGUGUGCAUUCUGACCGCAAUUCUCAUGGUGACUAUCGCUGUUGGGGUUGAGGAACGGCCCGCGUCUGCACCGAAAGAUGGCGUCUGGGUGUCCGACUUCAAAAUUGUCAACAACCCGGGCUUCAGCGAGGGGAUCACGGCGGUGUCAUCGUUAGUCUUUGCAUACUCGGGCACGCCCGGAUUCUUCAAUAUCGUAUCGGAGAUGCGUGAUCCUCGUCAUUAUACUCGCUCGCUGCUCAUCUGUCAGGCAGGAGUGACCGCGGUUUACAUUACGAUCGGCUGUGUAGUCUACUAUUACUGCGGGUCGUAUGUGGCUUCCCCAGCCCUUGGUUCCGCUGGGCCGACGAUGAAAAAGAUCUCUUACGGCUUUGCCUUGCCGGGGUUGCUAGUCACGACCACCCUGGUCACCCACAUCCCGGCAAAAUACAUCUUUAUCCGCAUCCUCCGCGGUUCCAGACAUCUGACAGCUAACUCGCUGAUCCACUGGGGAACAUGGCUCGGCUGUACCUUUGGAAUCACUCUAAUUGCCUAUGUGAUAGCGAGCGCGAUCCCCGUCUUCAAUAGCCUCGUCUCGCUUAUCGGUGCCUUGCUAGGAACCCUCAUGUCGUUUCAGCCCAUGGGUUGUAUGUGGCUGUAUGACAAUUGGAGCAAAGGUAAACAAGAAAGGUCUCCCCGGUGGAUGUUCAUGGUCUGCUGGAGUGUCUUUGUGGUCGUGAUUGGCACAUUUCUUAUGGUUGCUGGUACCUAUGGAUGCAUUGUGAGUGUCAUUGAUACCUACAAUGCAUCUGGUGGGUCAGCCGCUUGGUCGUGCGCUGACAACUCGAACUCAACAUGA